GUACUCCCAUGAUCCCAGUUCACAUGGGUGUAGUAACGGCUGCGCCCACAGUUCUGGUCCCAACCACAGUAGCUCUGGUGCAGAACCCUGUCAGCAUAAAGAAAGACCCUUCUCUCAGAACCAAGGAUCUGGAGGACAGUGGGGGUCCCACCACCACCGUGUUUGUGGGGAACAUCUCUGAAAAGGCUUCAGACAUGUUGGUCCGUCAGCUCCUGGCGAAAUGUGGGAUUGUUCUAAGCUGGAAAAGAGUUCAAGGAGCCUCUGGGAAACUUCAAGGAUAUCAAUGCCAUGGAGUUGGAAGAUGACAAGAGGGACCUUAUUUCCAGAGAGAUCAGUAAAUUCAGAGACACACACAAGAAACUGGAAGAGGAGAAAGGCAAGAAGGAAAAGGAGCGACUGGAGCUGGAGAGAGAGAGGAGGGAGAGAGACAAAGAGCGGGAGCGAGAGAGGGAGCGCCGCGACCGUGAGAAGGAGAAGGAGAGGGAGCGAGAGAAAGAAAAGGAGCGGGACAGAGAACGUGAACGUGAGAGAGAUCGAGAACGUGAGAGGACUAAGGAGCGGGAGAGGAGUCGAGACAUCAGUGAAGCUCGCAGCAAGUCCAGAGAGAGAACUCGAGAGGAUAAAAAACGUGACCGUGAUGAAGAUGAGGAAGAUGUGUACGAACGGCGAAGACUCGAAAGGAGAUUGAGAGACAAAGAGGCUGCGUACCAAGAACGUCUCAAAAACUGGGAGAUCCGAGAGAAGAAGAAAGCUCGUGAUUACAGCAAAGACACAGAGAGGGAGGAAGAGAGGCGGCGUGAAAUGAUGAAAGAAGCAAAAAGACUGAAAGAAUUCCUUGAAGAUUAUGACGACGACAGGGAUGAUCCAAAAUACUACAGGGGGAGUGCUCUGCAGAAACGACUCCGCGACAGAGAAAAGGAGGUAGAAAUGGAUGAGCGAGACCGAAAGAGAGAGAAGGAGGAGCUGGAAGAGAUCAGACAAAGACUUCUGGCUGAGGGUCACCCUGACCCAGAUGCUGAGCUGCAGAGGAUUGAGGAGGAAGCGGAGCGAAAGCGACAGCUACUGCUGAGCCUGGAACCUGAGGAGGAGGUAAACAAGGAAAAAACUGUGAGGGAUAAGGACCGGGACCGGAACCGAGACCGAGAACGAGACCGAGAACGAGACCGAGACAGUGAUCGUGAUCGAGAACGGAACAAGAGAGUGUCAGAGAGGCCUGUAGAACCAAAGCCCCGGGGACCCCAGCAGCAUUCUGACGAUGAUGAUGAUGAUGUUAAUGAGGGGGAGGAAGAUGACUAUCACAAUGGUGAGGACUCACAGGAAGCCAAGCCUCAACUCAAGCCCAUAAUGCGUCCCAUCACUACUGCUCCGUCAGUUUCCUCUGCCAGUGGGAACGUGACUCCAAACACACCUGGUGUGGACUCUCCCUGUGGCAUCAUCAUUCCAGGAGAGAACACUCCUGACCUGCAGCCUUUAGAGGAACACCGGCCCAAAAUAGGCCUGAGUCUCAAACUGGGAGCCACCAACAGUCCCAGUCAGCUCAGCGUUGGCAAGCGGAAGAAGCUAGCAGCAGUUGAUAGUGUUUUUAACAAAUUUGAUGACGAGGAAGCCGAUGAGCAACCUCGAAAAAGGAAACUGGUUCCACUGGACUAUGGUGAUGACGAGAAGAACCUGGGACUGGAUGGAGCUGACAUUUCUGCUCCUAAAAGCAGCAUCAACACAGAGGAGAAACACAAACACAUCAAGAGCCUGAUCGAGAAGAUCCCCACGUCCAGGCCUGAGCUCUUCUCCUACCCUCUGGACUGGGCUAUGGUUGACUCGACUCUGAUGGACCGUCGUAUCAAACCGUGGAUUAAUAAGAAGAUUAUUGAAUACAUCGGAGAAGAGGAGCCCAGUCUGGUUGACUUUGUCUGUUCYAAGAUAAUGGCCCACAGCAGUCCUCAGGGUAUUCUUGAUGAUGUGGCCAUGCUCUGCCCGACAGUAGAUAACUCAGACAUGUGGACUCUCCAGGCUGCAUUACUAAAGACAGCAGUAGUUGUACACAGAAGACUAUGUUCCCGUUCAGUCAUGUAGGUUGGACCAAGUGAG